GGAGAUUACACAGCUUCCGCUUCCGGUCGGGGCGGGCUCUGGGUCGGCUGGACCCUGGGGGGUGAGGGGUGAGAGUUGAGAGGUCCCUGCACAGGUUGGCGAAAGGAAGACUGAAGACUUAAAUCCAAGGUCAUGGCAAAACAUCUGAAGUUCAUUGCCAGGACUGUGAUGGUACAGGAAGGGAACGUGGAAGGUGCAUACAGGACCCUAAACAGGAUCCUCACCAUGGAUGGGCUCAUUGAGGACAUAAAGCGACGGCGAUACUACGAGAAGCCUUGCCGUCGGCGACAGAGGGAAAGCUAUGAAACCUGCCGGCGAAUCUACAACAUGGAAAUGGCUCGCAAGAUCAACUUCUUGAUGCGAAAGAAUCGGGCGGAUCCAUGGCAGGGCUGCUGAGGCCUGGAGAUAGGAGGCCCAGUAUGAAAACCCUUAUCCAGUUGUCUCCACCUCUUUUCCUUCUUCAACCCCAUUUUCUCUUACCUUCCUACAAUAAACUCAAUCACAUACAUGUAAGAAGGCCUGCAUGUAUAGAAGCAA